UGACCACUGGUCGGAUCCACAACAAGAACGUCUCAUCUCAUCGGGAGCAUAAGCAGAGGCUCCAAAGGCGACUCCUCUAAAUGCGGCCUGUUUGCCCUCUGUACUCUAGAAAGUGUCUGAAGGCGACGGCAGAGAGGAGGUGGUGGCGUGUGCCUGGGAUGGUCAGACCUACAUCAUCGACCACAACCGCGUGGUGCUGCGGUUCCAGUUUGACUAGAACGUCAAUGCUUUCUGUGCAGGUCAGUACACCUGUACGGAUGGCAAGAACAGCCCCUGUCUGGUGUACGUCAGCUUCAACCACAAGAUCUAUGUGUACUGGAGGGUGGAGCUGGAGCGCAUGGAGCCCACCCAUCUCCUUAGGGUCCUGGAGGAGAGGCCGGAGUUCAAGGCCCGGCUGGAGCAACUGGGAGUGGACAGACUACUACUAUGAGUAUACAGAGUGUGACAGUGCAGGGUCUCGAUGGAGGGUGGCCAUCCCCCACAAUCUGGGCACCUGCUCAGCCCUGCCUACUCCCACCAGAGGAACAGACUGCUCAUUCUCGUGUGCGGCGGGAGAGUUCCUAGAGAUGUCCGCUCAGCAAUGUACGCCGUGUGCGGCCGGCUCCUAUUCGCUGGGCAGUGGGGUGCGUUUCGACCAAUGGGACACUAUCCCUGCCGGCUUCACCAGCCUGGCCACCUACAUGGACCCGGGACCCAGUGUAGAGGAGAGUCAGGCCUGUAAUAGCUCAUCGUGGACGCCGCAGGGUGUGUAUCUGGAGUCUAGUCGUGAUGAGUGCACCGUGUCUCUGGUCUACGCUGUGCAUCUGGAGAAGCAGGGCUCUGUCUCCUUCAGCUACCAGUACCCUGACAACAACAUAUUUUUUGAGUUCUAUGUCCAGAACGAGCAGUGUCAGGAGAUGGCACAGACCGACGAUCAGAAGUGGAUCAAACUCACCACCAAUGGAGAGUGGGACACACACACGGUGAAUCUGAAGUCUGGCACUAACAUACUGUACUGGAGGACGACAGGGAUCCUGGUCGGAGGGAAGAUGGUUAAACCAGUGUUGCUCAGGAACAUCCAGAUUGAGGGUGUUGCCUACACCUCAGAGUGUUUCCCGUGCCGACCAGGCUGGUUUAGCUCCGCCCCUGGCUCCUCCUCUUGCCAGCCCUGCCCCAGGAACACAUCGUCUAACAAGGGAGCCGCCUCCUGUACUCCCUGCCCCGACACACAGUACUCACAUGAAGGAUGGUCACAGUGUAAGGAGAGGCCUCCGUGUUCGGAGAAGGAUUACUUUCAGAUCCACACAGCCUGCGACAGCGAGGGAAAGACGCAGGUGAUGUACCGGUGGGUGGAGCCGAGGAUCUGUGAGCAGAAUGUGACGGGCGCUGUGGCACUGCCCCCUACAGGGGAGAGAGAGGCCUGCCCGCCCUGUAACCCUGGUUACUACAACACCAACGACUCCACCUGCUUCCCCUGUCCUCCUGGAACACACUCUGACGGCACCUCAGUGUGUGAGGAUUGUCCUGCAGGGACAGAGCCAGUACUGGGGUACGAGUAUAAAUGGUGGAACGUCCUCCCUUCCAACAUGAAGACUUCCUGCUUCAACGUGGGCAACUCCAAAUGUGACGACAUGAACGGCUGGGAGGUGGCAGGGGAUCACAUACGCAGCGGUGCUGGAGGCUCGGAUAACGAUUACCUCAUCCUGAACCUGCUGGUUCCUGGCUUCAAGUUACCCACAUCACUUGCUGGGAUGACCGGGACUGAGUUUGGCCGGAUCACCUUCGUCUUCGAGACAAUCUGCUCUGCCGACUGUGAGCUCUACUUCAUGAUGGAUGUGAACAGGAAGAGCACCACGGUGGUGGAGUCAUGGGAGGGGAGUAAGGAGAGACAGAGUUACACACACAUCAUGACCAGAAAUGCCUCCGUAUCAUACACUUGGGCCUUCCAGAGGACCAACCAGGCUCAGGACGUGCGGCGGUACAUCAGUGAUGUGGUGAUACUCUACUCGGUGAGCGUGACAAACGUCCAGGAUGGCGUGGCAUCUGCGUGCCGGGCCUGCGCCCUCCUAUCCCAGAGUUCUCAGCGGUCUGGGUCGUCGUCGUGUAUUCCAUGCCCAGCUGGGUUCUACAUUGACAGAGACACCAACCGGUGCCAGGAGUGCCCCCCCAACACAUACCUGUCUGGUCACCACACAUAUGGAGAAGACGCGUGUUUGCCCUGUGGCCCCGGGAGUAAGAGCAACAAGGAGCACUCUCGUUGCUAUAGCGACUGCUCCUUCAGUCACACGGAGAACAACCGCACCCUGACCUUUGACCUGAGCUCUCUGAGCACCGUGGCCUCGCUCACCAUCGGCCCCAGCUUCACCUCUAAAGGCACAAAGUAUCUCCACGUCUUCAAUAUCAGCCUGUGUGGACACCAGGGGAAGAUGGCAGCUGUCUGCACAGAUAAUGUCACUGAUAUCGCCAACAAGGACAUGGGGAGUGAUUCCACCCAGUUCGUCAACUCAGUGGACAGCUUCAUCUGUCAAUCAACCAUCAUUCCUGCGGAUGGGCGGGGCUUCAGGAUGGCUCUGGCAUCCCAGUCUAUCAGUCUGGCUGAUACCUUCCUUGGAGCGACAGUGGACAGUGAUUUAGACGGAAUAAACACUAGACCAGAACUCUUCUCUGACAACUCAAAAACCAUACCAGACAUCAACUUCUUCUACAGGUCUACUCAGGCGACUGGAUCCUGCCAGCGUGGUCGGAGUGCGGUCAUGACCAUACGCUGCAACCCAGAGAAGACGGACCGCGGGCAACUCACAGUGCCCAGUGCGUGCCCUGCAGGUACGUGUGACGGCUGUACGUUUCACUUCCUGUGGGAGAGUGGGAGCGCCUGUCCCCGCUGCACCCAGGAUGACUAUCACCAGAUAGAGGGAGCCUGUAAGGGAGGGGCCCAGGAGACUCUGUCUGUGUGGAAUGAGCCAAAACUGUGCAUCAAAGGCAUUUCCCUGCCAGCUAAGAGCUCCGCCCCCUGCGAGGCCAUCGCCCUAUGGCUAAAGGUGGGGGUAGGGGGCGGGGCCUUCUUGGCUGUGCUGCUCGUCUCUCUCACCUGCUAUUUCUGGAAGAAGAACAAGAGGCUGGAGUAUAAGUAUUCUCGGCUGGUGAUGUCAGCCAAUAAGGAGUGUGAGCUGCCGGUGGCAGAUAGCUGUGCCCUGGCCGAGGGGGAGGAGCUUGAGGAUGACGUGGUCUACUCCCACAAACCCUCACUGCUCGGGAAACUCAGGGCCAUCGCCAACAAGCAGAGGGAGGGAGACAGCAGUGAAUCGGUACAGCUGAAGUCAUCCCAGUCUGAGAGAUGGGUCUGGGGGUAACGACGAGGAAGAAAGAAGAGAGAAAGGGAAAGAAGGAAGGAAGGAAGGAAGGAAGGAAGGAAGGAAGGAAGGAAGGAAGGAAGGAAGGAAGGAAGGAAGGAGAGAGAGAGAAAGGGAAAUAGAGAAAGAAGAAGCAAGAGUUGGUAGGGUUGGCACUGAGUUCCAUUCCUCUUCAUGUCUCCUGGGCUCUGCUUAUUCCCGAGGACUCCAUCGUGGCUCCAGCUGCUCCAGUUUCCUCUGCAAAGGUACCUGUUCCCAUGAUUCUGACUGAAACUGGAAAGUGGUUUGGCUCCCCACCCUAGACCCUACCACACAGGGGAACACAACCAUGCUUAUUGCCAUGGAUAUUGAAGGGCUGCAAAUGAAAGAAACUGUCACUGUUUUUGUAUAUUUUGUAUUGUCAUUUGGAGUUUAUCUGUACAGUCAUGUCUAAAGUAUUCAUAAUUAUUAGUGGUGUUAUGAUUUAUCUUUAUUAAAUUCUCACUUGCCUUUGGG